AUGGAAUUUAAAACUGAUCUGUUGAAUUACAAAGCAGUUGCUUAUAGUAGUAACGCUGAACCCAUGGCUAUUAAAGAGCAAUCUAUCUCAUUAGUCAAGCAACAAGAUGGUAGUUAUAGUGUACCACCAAACAAGAUUUUGGUUAAGGUGCAUUCAGCAGCUUUGAACCCUAUUGAUUUAAUAUUGUACCAAUCUUCGUCUAAGGUGCUUUCUUACUAUAAUAGUAACCAAGGAAUUGGUAGAGACUAUUCAGGAACUAUUGUAGCAAUUGGUGAAGUCGCAGCUAAAAAAACUGACUUCAGUGUUGGAGACAAAGUCUGUGGGUUGUAUAGACAUAUUCUUGGUAAAGGUACUGUCUCGGAAUAUAUCUUGUUAGAUGGCACAUCUGUAAGUGAUUCUGCUAUUGUUCCAGUUCCUAAGAAUUUAUCCAUGAAUGAAGCAGCAGCAUGGCCAUUAGUGUUAGGUACAGCAUUGACAAUGACACAGGGAAGAAUCAAAGUUGAUUCAAAUGCAAAAGUACUAGUGUUAGGAGGGUCUACUGCUGUUGGUAGAUUUUGCAUUCAAUUAUGCAAAAACUACUUCAAGGCCGGUGAAAUUAUUGCUACAUGCUCAUCGUCUUCUGCGCCGAUUGUAAGAGAAAUGGGUGCAGAUGAUACCAUAGAUUAUACCAGAUAUCGCUCGCUUGAAGGUCCAGUCGUUGAAGCGGUCAAAUUAAGUAAAUUUGAUAUUAUCUUAGAUUGUUGUGGUAAUAGUGAUUUGUUUUCGUCUAUGUCGAAGAUUUUAAAACCAAAAUCUGAAGGUUCACAUUAUGUGACUAUUGCAGGGGAUAGUAAAUAUAGAUAUUCCGAUGUUAGUUUGUUUGGCAUUCUUAUGCCAACGCUUUUUGCAAUCAUUAGAAUGAUCUUUUCUUUGAUAGGUUUAAAUUCAUAUAAUUUUGCAUUCGUUGCUGUAAACCCUGAGAAGAAAUGGGCUGAAACAGGAAGAAAACUAAUUGAAGAUGAAAAAGUACAAGUAUCCGUUGACAGCGUUCAUCCCAUUGAGAACUUUUAUGACGCCAUUAAAAAAUUAGAGAGUCAAAGAGCAAAUGGAAAGGUUGUGGUCCAAAUAGGUAGUUGA